AUGUCGAAGGACGAGACGCUGCCGCGGGACGCUGUCGCGUUGCGUGAGAAGUACGUGCGUCUGUUUGAGCCCAAGGCAUACCUGUCGGACCUGCUGACUUUUCAUUACAAGUGGGUGAAGAUCACUCUGGAUUACCUGCACGAAACAUUUUCUAAAGGAAGAAAUAUAUCCGAAGGCGCCUCCGAAAUCGCCGAUCGCACGGCGAGCGCAGUUCGCCGCAUCAUUCCGUGCGACGUCCUCCGGGAUCCGAUGUUCUCCACCAAGCAAGGCACGUUCGACUGCAUCGUGACGUCACUCUGCUUGGAAGCUGCGGCAACAGACGUGACCUCUUACGCCGACGCGGUGUGUCGCGUCGUGGGCCACCUCAGAACGGGCGGCACUCUCGUGAUGAUGGGCGUGCUCGGUUGCGACUCGUACGCCGCAGGAGGGCUCGAGUUGCCGUGCUUGAGUCUGACGACGGACGACGUGCUUGAAGCCGUCAGGCGUUCCGGCCUCACGGACUGCAGGUGGAAAUUCGUGAACAAGUGGCCCGGACUGGACGACGACGUGAACGGGAACGGGUGGACAGGCGCUUUCAUGUUGAGAGCCUUGAAAGGGUAG